UAGUAAGGCGGCCAUUUUCUAUAUCCGCUUGUAGAUUUCGAAACCUCUGAGUAAUUGCUCUUCGUCUACUUUCUGUUUUUCUUCUCGUUGAAAUUUUGUAUCUGGAAAGAAAUUGUACAUCCAAAUAAAAAGCUCAGGCGAAUAGCAUUCUUCCUUGUUUAUUAGGAGUGUUUUUUAGUGUAUUCGUAUUUAUUCCCAAGGACUUCGACGCAGUAUGGGAACGAAAGAUGAUGAGUACGAUUACUUGUUCAAAGUUGUUUUGAUCGGAGAUUCUGGCGUUGGAAAAUCCAACUUACUAUCACGAUUUACCAGAAACGAAUUCAAUUUGGAGUCCAAAUCGACGAUUGGUGUCGAGUUCGCCACACGAAGUAUUCAAGUCGAUAGUAAAACGAUAAAAGCACAAAUUUGGGAUACAGCUGGACAAGAAAGAUACAGAGCGAUCACUAGCGCGUAUUAUCGUGGUGCUGUUGGUGCUUUGUUAGUUUAUGACAUUGCCAAGCAUAUGACUUAUGAAAAUGUGGAACGCUGGUUGAAAGAACUACGAGAUCAUGCUGAUAGCAAUAUUGUCAUAAUGCUUGUUGGCAAUAAGAGUGAUUUACGACAUUUGAGGGCUGUACCCACUGAAGAGGCUAAAGCAUUUGCAGAGAAAAAUAGUCUUUCUUUCAUCGAGACUUCUGCAUUAGAUUCAACUAAUGUUGAACAGGCAUUUCAAAAUAUUUUAACAGAAAUUUACCACAUUGUAUCACAGAAACAAAUCAGUGAUACUCCAUCACCCAGUGGUCAUUUAAGCAAUAAUGUACAAACUAUCCACGUGGCACCAACAACUGAUUCUGACAAGAAAAAAAAUAACUGUUGCAAUGUGUAAAUGCUUACUAAAAGACAUCUUCAUGUAAUUCCAUUGAAAUUCCAUAGCUUCCUUUUUUCAAUCAAUCUUCGUGAAUGAGGUCUUCGUGAAUUGUUAUAAUGAUGAAAAAAUAGGAAAGUUGAAUAUUUAACCAAAAAGAUUUUGCAUAUGAUGACCAAUUUUUGAUAACCUCUAUAGAUUUGAUUUCACCAUGUUAUUGUAUUAAUGAAAUUUUUUGUCUUUA